UCGCACAUGCGCUUCAAUUACGAUACGGUAGUCAUCCAGCUAGCAACCAGUCGACGGUGGCAGCCAAGUAUGGAAAGAAUAAUCAUGGCGAAAAGAAUGCAGCAAGCAAUCGUGAGAUUGCACGAUGGAUCAUUUUACACUACCCGACCAUCUUUAUUUGGAACUGAUAGCGAACAUAACAAAACAAAGAAUGGAAAACAACAUUCCAUGUAUGAACAUUCCUUUGGAAAGUUCGCACGAAACAAAAUAACAACAUCUCUUGCAAUGAGAUCCGUACGGUCCAAGCGAAUCAAAUUCGAAGAAGAGAACGAGUUGGCGGACUUCAGCACCAUGCUUGUGGAAUUGGUUACAAAAAUGAAUCCAGGGCAUUGCUACGCUUUUAUCACUGAUCCCAUAUACGAUGUAACAUUGACAGGGACGUUAUUCAGAGAAAUCCGAAAUAAACCGCGUUAUAUGCUGCGAAUUUCCGAGGACGAGGAUACGCUCAUGCCAAGGCCACGAAUAAAUUGUAUGCUUGAGGAUAUCCACAAGGCUGGCUGCGGCGCUUAUAUAAUCCUUCUUGCAAACGGAAUUCAAAUGGAACGACUUCUGAGAUACGGGGAUAGAACCCGAAUAAUCGGUACCAGGGCGAGGUUCCUAAUUCUCCACGACUAUCGUCUGCUCGUACCGGAGCUGCAUUAUCUCUGGAAAAGGAUAGUUAACGUUGUCUUCAUAAAACAGUUGACGAUUGAUGAUAGCUAUAGCCACAGAAGCAGAAAUCAGCAUUACGAGCUGAGCACUGUCCCAUUUCCGCUUCCAUUACGAGGAAUUUUCGUUUCUAAACGUCUGGACUUUUGGCACGGAGGAAGAUUCCGAUACGGGAAGGAAAUGUUCGCAGAUAAAACGAUCAAUUUGGAUGGGCAGAUCAUGAAAGUCGUAGUGCUGGAACAUCCACCAGCAACUUUCAGAACCGCACCUAAUGGAUCUAGCAAUCACAUGAAGUUCUAUGGGUUGGAAGUGGAGCUCCUGAAAGCAAUUUCGUAUGCGAUGAAGUUCCAGAUGAGUUUCUACGAAACGGAAGAUGCCGCCAGUGAAAUGUGGGGGACGGUUUUGGACAACGACACAUUUACCGGACUUCUUGGUGAAAUGAACGACGGCCGUGCCGACUUUGCUCUUGCGGAUCUUCAUCAUACCGAGUACCACCUGGGAAUUAUGGAUCUCAGCAUUCCAUACAACACCGAAUGUUUGACCUUUCUCACGCCGGAAGCAUUGACCGACAAUUCCUGGGAGACGCUCAUAUUACCAUUUACCGGCGGGAUGUGGGCUGGAGUUUUAAUUUCGCUGUUCUCAAUUGGUUCGGUGUUCUACGCUUUGUCACGAGCGCUUAUGUACGUCCGACAUGAUGAACAUUAUCAACGAAACCUUGUGAUGAUCGCCAAGCAUGGAAAGUACGACAAAAAAUUCAAAUAUGAGCGAUUUGAUUAUAUGCUUCGCACUUUUCGUAAGCGCAUACUUUGUAAACUCUUGCGUAAAUCGCGAAAAGCUGCAGCAGCCGAAACAGAUCUAAGAAAAUUAAAGAUGCUUAGAAUGGUUCCCUUCAAAAGACGAGCCUAUCCAUGGAAAGAUCCCCUGCCACCAAGAGAUAUAUUCGAUACUUUCUCCGGCUGUAUCAUCUAUACAUACAGUAUGCUUCUAGUGGUUUCUUUACCACGGCUCCCGAAAGGUUGGCCAUUACGCCUUCUAACAGGAUGGUAUUGGAUCUAUUGUAUAUUGUUGGUUGUAGCCUAUCGCGCAUCUUUGACUGCCAUUCUGGCUAAUCCAGUUGCGCGAUUAACGAUCGAUGAGUUAAAAGAUUUAGCAGAUAGCCCCAUCCGUUGCGGAGCGUGGGGUGAGCAAAAUAAACUCUUCUUCCAAACUGCUCAGGAUCGGGCUUCGAUGACGAUCGGAAAAAAGUUAGAGCACACACCAAACGCGGAAAUGGCCGUGGAACGAGUGGUCAAUGGAUAUUUCGCGUACUACGAUAACGAGUACGCCCUGAAGCAACUCCGUGCGACCCGUAAGUCGACGAAGGCUCGCGAAACCUUGCAUAUCAUGGAAGAAUGUGUCAUUCACAUGCCUAUCUCGAUUGGAAUGGAGAAAAAUUCACCGCUGAAACCGAAAGUAGAUCAAUACGUACGGUCGAUGGUUGAGGCGGGAUUGACGAAGAAAUGGUUGGCGGAUGCAAUCGAAGAGUUUCAAUCGAAUGUAGAAUCACUACCCCAGGAAGCGACUAUGAAUCUGAAGAAACUUACGGCUGCCUUCAUUGCAUUGGCCAUCGGCUAUGGAGUGGGGUUAGUGGCCUUCGCUAUGGAAAAACUCUACUGGCGAUGUGUUGUUGAGAAGGAUAAGGCGUACGACAAGUAUAUUUAGGGAACAUACAUCAAUUAUGGCACUUUCACCGAAGCAUUAUUUUCCAUUCGCCAGAUGUCCACACAAUAAAGAAGCAGAAAACAGAGAACUAAUCACAUUUUUAUUCACAGUGGUGUUUGAUGGGUGCGAAAAAUUUGCUGACCAGCAGUCGUGAUUUCAAACCCAGAACUCUCUAUCGACCGUCUUUUCCGAGGCUAGAAGCGAAAGAACAUGAAUGUGUGAAGCAUCUAUAAUAUGAAGGAAGAAUAAGCUUCACCUUAGCUCAUUGAAGAUAAUAAUUUCGAAUUCGCUGGAGCUUGUUCGAAAGCACAUAUCACGCUUUUUUGAUGUCGAAGGGUGAUAAUUUUCCACAAAUCUUCACAUUGCUUAUUCAAUCAUUCGACACAGUAAACCAGACAUAUCAAGGGGCAUCCUUGUCAAGAAAUUCGAAAAAAACCAAAUUUAUUUUUCUUUAUAUUUCUGAAGUCUAGACAUUUAAGAGUAUGCCCUUGAUUUUUUGAAAUUCCUUCUAUUUACCGUGUUAUAACUAUUUUAGUGCUGCCAUACAAAUGAAACACAAAUUUCUACAUUACUCGAGAAUUAAUCAAGCAAAUGAAAUAAAGUUAGGCAUAUGCAGGUUUUAGGGUGCAAUAAAUGUUUUUACGGUGGUUAGACACUCCACCCCCCUCUUCAAGAGGGAGCUGCCAUACCAAUGAAACACAAAUUUCUACAUUACUCGAGAAUUAUACAAGCAAAUAAAACCAAAUUGUGUAGGUUGGAGGAGGUUUAAGGGUGCAAUAAAUGUUUAUACGGUGGAUAGACACUCCACCCCUCUCUCUAAUAGCGAAUUCGUUUUUGUUCAGUUUCAACCUCAGUACCAAACUAACUGCUGUCAAAACGUUUUUUUAUUCACUCAGUUUCAACCUAGUGUCGCACUAGGUCCGCCCCGAAAGCUGUUAGUUUCGCAUUCAGAUGUUUCACGGGUUGGCACU